UCCGUCAAGAUUGCCUCUGCCUCAACUUUCUUCAACUCAUCAGAUCUGAGCGAAAGGAAACUCUUCCAUACAAGCCUUGUUCCACAAUUGAAGAAGGAGAAGACAGACUUGGUCUUCUUGUACUUUGAUAUACUUCAUUUUAAUCAUUUCAACAAAGAAGAGAAAGAUCUUUGCACUAAUACCCGGCAAUUGCCAUAAACAAUCACUCUCUCAAAACAGCACCAUUCGAUCUAUACCAUACUACACCACCAAUCCAAUCCAAUCCAAAUCAGCGAAAAGAUUCCUCAAUACCUCCGAUAGCUGAAUUGCUUACAUUCAGCCAAUUCCAAAUCUCCGUCAACCAACACAUUCGGGAAGAAGCUAUCAUCCACUUGGUCGCAACCCCCUACAGCCUCAUCAACAAUUGAAACAAUAACGAUAAUUAUCAAGCUGAGAUUCAAUUGAAUUCAUAACUCACCCAUCCAUCAAUCCGACCGAGAUGUCGUCAAACUCGAACGAUGUAUCGCCAGAGGCGAUGCAGUCGCGUAUUCAACAAGCCCGUCGUGAAGCAGAGUCAUUAAAAGAUAGGAUAAAGCGCAAGAAGGAUGAUUUGGCAGAUGCAACGCUGAUGAACCUUGCGAGGGCUCAACAAGAAGCUUUACCAAAGAAUCAAAUGAUGAAGACUCGAAAGACAUUAAAAGGACAUCUCGCAAAGAUUUAUGCAAUGCACUGGUCAACUGAUAGGAGACAUUUGGUAUCAGCAUCGCAAGACGGUAAAUUAAUUAUUUGGGAUGCAUACACAACCAACAAGGUCCAUGCUAUUCCUCUACGAUCUUCGUGGGUCAUGACCUGUGCCUAUGCACCAAGUGGUAAUUACGUCGCAUGUGGUGGAUUGGAUAACAUUUGUUCGAUCUACAACCUAAACUCAAACCGUGACGGACCUACAAGAGUUGCUCGGGAACUUUCUGGACAUUCCGGUUACCUUUCGUGUUGUCGAUUCAUCAAUGACCGAAGUAUCCUUACGUCUUCAGGAGACAUGACUUGUAUGAAGUGGGAUGUCGAAACAGGAUCAAAAGUUACCGAGUUCGCAGACCAUUUGGGUGAUGUUAUGAGCAUCAGUAUUAAUCCAACUAACCAAAAUACAUUUGUUUCAGGCGCUUGUGAUGCCUUUGCGAAACUUUGGGACGUUCGUGCAGGCAAAGCUGUUCAAACUUUCGCAGGACAUGAAUCAGACAUCAACGCCAUUCAAUUCUUCCCAGAUGGACAUUCCUUCGUCACCGGUUCCGAUGAUGCUACCUGCAGACUUUUUGAUAUCCGUGCUGAUAGAGAGCUUAAUCAAUAUGACAUGAAUCUAUUCUCUGUGGUAUCACAUCUGUGGCCUGCUCUGUGUCUGGCAGACUUUUAUUCGCUGGUAUGGGAUAUCACUCGCGCCGAGAAGGUCGGAUCAUUGGUUGGACAUGACAACCGUGUCAGUUGUCUGGGUGUUAGUAAUGACGGGAUGAGUUUGUGCACUGGAUCAUGGGAUUCAUUGCUCAAGGUUUGGGCCAUGUAGAUCUGGUCUAUUAUUUCGACGAUAACGAAUUUUCGUCGCAUGCGGUGUCAUUCUUCAUUUGGCAAUCCCAUUUUUACUUAAUCGCCCUCCCAAAUACGACUUCUUAAUAUUCAUGGCUUUCGGCAUAGAUUGGUCGAAGUCUUUACAGCAGUAUCCAUCAUACUUCAGCGACAGAUGGCCCUUUCCGAUCGAUUACUUCCGAUACAGUAAAAUAGCGGGCCCAACCAGUUGCGCAUAUAAGAUUCUGUGCACAAUAAUUCUUCAUUUCGAUGUUCUUGUUUCUAUGGGAGGUCCUAUUGCAUUGCUUUUUCAUCAGCGUUCUUAAGCACUGGGACUUUGCGACGAUAUCCUACAGAGACACUUGUUCUUUAACUUUACACUCUCAACACACGACAUCUUCCAAUUUUCUUCCGUGUCUUUUUCUUUUUUUUUUUAACUUUUAUCAAGAUCUCCGAGGGGCAGUUAAAUGAUUGCGGUGGGGGAACAGGAGGAGAAUAAAUACAGGGGGGGAUGGGUGACGAAUUGCGAAGUCGACAGAAAGUUUCUCACAACUAUUUUGUGUGUGGUAUCUGAUAAACUGAGUUGGUAUCUCGAAAGUGAACCUCCAGAUCAUACAUUUGGUAUAUGCAAUUGUUAAGUUGGUCAGGAUGGAAGAUGAAGAGAGGAGUUUCCAAGGGGGGACAGGACUCAUAACUAGGCUCUGUAAUGCAUCGGCAUGUGAAGUACCACUGCAGCAUAAGUUUAACAAUUAUUGAAUCUGGCGUCGGUUCCAUACAAAGCUUGUAUUAUAGUCUAAUAAUGCCCUUGAUAGAUAUGUCUUUUCUAUUACUUUUUCUUUCUUCUCUUUGCAUGGUGAUGAAGUGUCUUUUAUUUGCCGGGGCUUGGUGUAGGACUGGAGAAUAGGAGUCUGGAUGGAACCGAACUGACACUUGAAAGGGGAAUUAGUUGAAGUGGUAUUAUGUUAAUCGAGUCUUUGUUGGAAAAGUUUUUGUAGAAUAGUAGGCUAGGUGAAGAAUCGA